AUGGGUUAAAGUGCAUUAAAUAAACUAAGACUUAACAAGAGAGCUAUUGCUGAUAAUGAUCCAUAAUAAAGCUCUAAGAAUCAUUGGAAAAAUUUGAGAGCAUAGACAAAUGUAUUACCAGAGAUUAACUACGAUUAUUACUUUAGAUCUGAUCAAAGCUAUAUGAGAAAGAAACAAUCAGCACUUAAAUAAUUAUAAAAAUCACUGAGAAAUCAUAUCAAGGAUAUUGACCUGCAAAUGAUCUCACUUGUCGAAUCUUACUCUCCCUCUUACUUUUUUCACAGAGUCGGUGCCUCAAUUGUUGGAGAUCCCUUUGAAUGCCUUGCCCUAUACGAUGAGGAGUUUAUAAAUACUAUGCUAGAUAAUCUAAAAUAGAUAUUAAGUUACGACAUUAUGAGGUUUGAAAUAUCAGAAGAAAAGCUGAUGUGGAUAGAUGAGAUAAAAUUGAAUAUUUUAAAAAUUUAUGACAAAUAUUUCCCAAUGGAUGAGUUCAUGGAAAUAUAAAUCAAAUAGGAAUUUACACUUGUUCAUAUAGCUAUAAGCACAGGUAGCUAUUAGUGUGUUAGCUAUUUCAUUGACAAAUAUAGCUUUGAUGUUGAUUUUUAUAAGCCUCAUGCUAGUCUAACUCUUCUUCAUGUGGUAGCUAAAUUUAUUGUGAGACCAUUUACAAAGUAUGACAAGGAAAAUAUUAGAAAACUCGUCUAAAAAAGUAACAAUCUCCUCCUCAGAAAUAACUUCAAGAAGACAAUAAUUGAGCUGGCAGAUAGUGUAAACUUGCAAGCAAAUAAGAAAUUUUUAUUUGAUGAGAUUUCUUAGCAAAUGUAUAAUAAAAUGCUUGGCUUGACAUUUGUAAUGGACAAGUUAAUGCAAAAAAGAAAAAGAGUUUUAAACAAGUAUAUUAUUAGGAAUAUAUAUCAAUAUAUUGAUGGAUGA